CCGACUCUCGCCCUAUAUAACGCUAAAACCCCACCGUACGCUUGCCGCUUUCGCCAGCAGGAAGAAAGCCAACCCAUCGAGAAGGUGAAACCGAAGUAGGGGGAAAAGAAAAGGAAAAACCCCACUGUCACCGAGAAGAAGAAGGAGAGCGCUCGAGGGGAGAGCGAUGGAUAUCGAGCGCAAGCACGCGGAGCUCAUCGAUCUAUUCGUGAAGCAAGCCGCCGUCCUGGACGGCCCCGCCCUCGCCGGUCUCGUCCUGGAGGUCACCUCACAUCCCUCCCUCUUCGCCUUCUCAGAGAUACUCUCCGUCCCCAACCUCGCCAAGCUUGAGGGGACCCAGUAUUCGUCAUCUCUCGAUGUGCUCCGACUGUUUGCAUAUGGUACAUGGGGCGAUUACAGAAGUAAUGCUGGCUCUCUUCCGGCACUAUCUUCUGAUCAAGUCCGAAAGCUAAAGCAACUUAGUGUGCUGACUCUGGCUGAGACAAACAAGGUAUUGCGUUAUAAUCAACUUAUGCAAGAACUAGAUGUUUCCAAUGUCAGGGAACUUGAAGACUUUCUCAUCAAUGAGUGCAUGUAUGCGGGUAUUGUUAGAGGAAAACUGGAUCAGUUGCGCACGUGCUUUGAGGUCCAGUUUGCUGCUGGGAGGGAUCUUAGACCCGAACAACUGAACAACAUGAUACAGACAUUAUCAAACUGGUUGGACACUUCAGAUAAUUUACUUUAUUUAAUUCAAGAGAAAAUCAAGUGGGCUGAUACAAUGAGUGAGGCAACCAAGAAACACCGCAAGGAAAUUGAAGACAAGGUGGAAGAAGUGAAAAAAUCUCUCAAGAAGCUGAACACUUUAAGCAGGCAGACAUGGACUUACGAGGCCAUGAGGACAUGUUCUCUGAACAUGGAGGAUUGAUGGACUAUGAAGAGGAUCGUAUCCGACCCAAGAGGAGGCGGCAACCAAUGCCAUAGAAGGAGAAAUUUACGAGUUGGCCUGUUUCAAGUGGCUCACAGGAUUAACUUUUUCCUUCGGAUCAAAGAUGUUCUACCGUCAAUCUGCCUGUUUUAUCUCUCUCCGAUGGUGGUUUCAACCAUCUGCAUAGCGAGAAAAAGUCGUGCACCUUGAACUCAUUCAACAACUUAGUGCAUUUCUUUCAUGCAUUAUUUGCAGAAAGAGAUUGCUGGUACAUGAUACAUGGGUAUCAGAUAUUUGAUUCUUUUUGUAUCUGGGGACAUGUAUCUUGUUUUGAAUCAUAUUCUCCAGUCAACCGUCAACAUGGAUAUCGAGCUCACUCCAUGGUCUCUGUUAGGGGCUCGUGCGUAGACUAUAUAUACCCUCUGCAUUUGUCC